CAUAAUAAUAGCUUCAUCAUGGCUAUGAGAGUACUGAAAAACAAGAAGAGGGACAGAUGGACUCAGAAACUUGGAGAGAUUUUUCAGGAUAUGGAUAAAGAGCAGAAAGGAUAUAUUAAGCUUGAUAAAAUGGCGGAAAUAUAUAGAAUAUAUAAGGUCGAUUUUGAGGAGAAUUCCGCCAAGAAGUUGCUGGAUGCCAACGGGAACAUUACAAAAGAUAAAUUUAUUCAGUUUGGUUUGGAAACCAAACUGAUGGAUUUAUCAAACAGAGAUACAACCAGGAGAGAUGAAGAGGAAGCUAGUAAACAGAAAUCUGAGAAUUUACAGAGAAGGAUAAAAUCUGCAAAAUCCAGACCGAAAAAGGAGACAAGCAGAGGAGGUUUGUGCUCCUGCAUGGGGAAGGGGGUGGAGCCGGAGGAGGACGGGGAGGAUCAGGAGAAGGAGAUGGAUAGAAUAGAAGUUGCGUUCAGAAACUUUGACGCAGAUGGAGAUGGAUUCCUAGACUGGGAUGAGUUUAGAAAGGUGACCAAGAAUAUGGAUGAGGAACAAGCAAGAAGGAUAUUUGAUAAAUGUGACAAGGCUGGGGACAAGAAGAUAAGCUUGGAAGAAUUCCGAGCUACAGCGGCUGGAAACUAACAUACUCAAGCAGUGCACUGUGCAAUGAAAAAAUCAAACUCUAGUGUGGCUCAGUUGGAGAAUUGAAUAAUUGAAUUUUAGCGGCGCACUGACAUAAUUGAACCAUCCUAUGCAGUCCUCUUGGAAAAUUGAUCUUUUUAGCAACCCUAAUAUCUAGUAAAAAAAAAUAUAAUCUUUAGCAGCACAAUGAUAGAAUUUAUCUCUUGCGUUGCAGUGAUAGAAUUGAUCACUCACGAUAGAAUGAGAAAAUUUAUCUCUAACAGCCCAGUUAUAGAUUUGAUCUCUAGCUAUCCAGUGAGAGAAUUGAUCUCUAGAGAUGCUACAGAAUAAUUGGUAGUGGUCUAGUGAGAGAAUUGAUCUCUAGAGAUGCUACAGAAUAAUUGGUAUUGGUCUAGUGAAUUGAUCUCUAAAGUUCCAGUGAUAGAUUUGAUCUAUAGCGGUCCAGUUUGAGAAUUGAUCUCUAAUGGU